AUGUCUCAACAAUCCAACUCUUCUCCUUCCAAGAACAUGCAUUGUUCUCCUAGCGCCGAACCAAGCAACCCUAACAGAGAAGAUCCUGUUGCUGACUCUGUGAAUACCCCACAUGCAAGAAGACCUAAAGAAACUGUAUCAGGCUUCUCCUCAUCCAUCGUUCUUGAGGAACGAACCAAAGACGGUUCCAAGUAUGUUCACAAUGCCAUUGCCACUAUAGUGACUGGAAUACUGUCUGGAAAUCAUGAGGUCCCUUGGGUUUCCAUUCCCUUAAACACUAUUGAACCUGAUAGUGUUGCUGAUCAAGAAAAUAUUGAGUCUUUAGGAAAGAAUAUCUCUGAUGAUGUUGAGCAAACUGAUGCUCAUAAGGAGUCAAAUGUUGACAAACCCUUAGAUAAUGUGGCUGGUGAGGAAAUUCAUGUCACUCAUGAUGUCAGUGACAACCCUAACUGUGAGGCUGAAACAGUAGACCUGGAGGGAUUUUUUGAUAAUGAGCUGUUGCCCUCUAUCCUCCCUAGCAUAGCCAAAAGGGUUAGAACUAGAAGAGAAAAGAAAAAUGUGGCUCAAAGGUGGAAAUAUGUUUAUCAGAAGAGGCUGGCUUUGGAAAUGGAAUUAGCUCAGAAUGUCCUAGACUGUAAGGAUAUUAUGGAUCUUAUUCAAGAGGCUGGUUUAAUGAAGACUGUGACUCAGUUUUCAAAGUGCUAUGAGAUGUUGGUAAAGGAAUUUAUUGUUAAUUUGUCUGAAGAAUGUGCUGAUGGCAAGUCUAAGGAAUUCAGGAAAGUGUAUGUGAGAGACAAGUGUGUAAAUUUCUUUCCUUCAGUGAUUAACAAGUAUUUGGGAAGGCCUGAUGAAGCUCAACCUGAGCUUGAGGUAAGGAAGUUGUCUCUCAAAGGAAAAUUGGUGGCAAGUAAACUGAGUGUCAAGUAUGCAAUACUGCACAAGAUUGGAGCUGCUAACUGGGUGCCCACCAAUCAUAAAUCUACAGUUGUUGUAAUGCUUGGAAAGUUUAUAUAUGCUGUUGGAACCAAAGCCAAAUUUGACUAUGGCUCCUAUAUUGUUUAUCAAACUUUGAAGCAUGCAGGAAGCUUCAGUGUGAAGGGUCCUAUAGCCUUUCCUUCUCUCAUUUGUGGUAUUAUUUUGAAUCAGUUUCCAAACAUCUUAACUGAGAAUGAUUCUGUGAAGAAAAGAGACAACCCUAUGUCUUUCAAUCAUAAGCUGUUCCUAGGUACCCAUGUCCCUGACAUUGUCAUGACAUCUGGUCAGACAUCACGUGUAAGCAAUCAGCCAGGUAAAGCUGCUGUCAUUGCAUUGCUCAAAGAAACCUGCAGGGAAUUAGAGGCAAGGAAGCUGAACUUGGAAAAAUUGAUUAGCUCUUCAGAGAUUGAAAUUCUAGUGUAG